AUGUACCAGGAACAGGCUGACGACGGGAGGGUGCGGUUGGUGGGGAACGGUGUGGUGGAAUGCGAGAGUGCGGGGGUGCGGGAAGGUGGUAAGACGGUUUUGUAUCCUUUGGUGAGUGGCAAUUAUCCGUUCAAGACGUCGGAUCGUCUUUUGGAUGAUAUUCGGAGCACGUUGUCGUUUGUGUUGGAGGGGGUCAGGGGUAAUGGGGUUUUGAAGAGCCCGAUGUUGGAUUAUUCGAAGGAGCGGGGAGAGUUGAGGGCGUGGUCGAUUGGGUAUUUGCUUGAUCAGGUGCUGCUGCAAACCAGUUAUGAGUAUGCGUCUCUUGGAGGUAGUGGCGGCGGCGGCGGCGAUAAGCAUAGUAAAAUUAAUGUGUUUAUGGGGUUGCUUUGUGAUCCCAUGGUUAAGCUUUGCAGUGAGGAUGAUAUAGUGAAUUAUUCGGGUUAUCAUUUGAGGGUUACGGUGAAGACCAGAUUGCACCUUGAGAGGGCGAAGAGGCAGUUUGGCAUUGCGCAGUAUCAUUUGGUUAAUGAUUUACAUCCUGCUGAUAAACAGGAUUUGUGUUUUUUCGAGGAUGAUGAUGAAUGCGUGAUUGACUCAGCCACGUAUGUUUCGAGUGGUACUAAUCGAUUAGUGCGGAUAGAGAUUUUAAAGCCUGAAUUUACUGCGGAGGAAUGGUCGGAAUUUACGCCUGAUAGCAUUCGCAAGCGGUAUUUGUCGAUUUGUGAGAAGUACCCAGAUCUGAAUCGCGAAAAUGUGCCCAACCAGGCGGAGUGUUUAAAUACUCUUUUCAAGGUGUUCAAGAAUCCACUAUCUCGACAAGAUUCGGAUGAUGAAUUGAAGACGAUAUCUGCCGAAAAUAAAGUGUUGAAUUCUCAGCUUGAUCCCAAUUGGUUGGUCGAUAAGUUUGGAUUUGAACUCUGUGAGGUUCAAGAGGAAGAUGGCAGAAAGGAAUAUGAAUAUAAGCCUCCGGAUUUCACCAACUAUGUGAACGAUUGGAAUGUACGUCAUUUGAGGGAACGGUAUAUUAGAAAAUCACUCGAGCUGCUGUUUGUUGGUAAACAGUCUAUACGUUUGUUACCUAAAGAGGUUGUUGCUGCAAGUAGUAAGCUGCGUUCGUUUCAACUUUAUCAAACGCACUUUUCUCACACUUUUUGGUUCCAACUUCUCGGGGAAUUUGAUCGUAACGAUUUUAACCAACAGCAGCAACAUCCUUAUGACACUAAUCCUCAUUUCAUAAACUUGUCAGUGAAUUACUACUAUGGCGAUAGAGAUAUCAUUAGAAAUUAUGAAUCUCAGAUCCUGUUGGAUCCGAAAAAUGCCGGUAUUUAUUACGAUGAUUUGACUUUUAUCGCAAACGUUAAAGGAAGUCAUCAGCUAUUGACAUUUACGUUGAAACAGAAUAUAGUAGGUCAGGAAGCUUUGAACAGUGCUUUGCGGUUGUUUCACAUUGACCCCUCUGAAACCGACCCAAAGCAGAUACCUGAUGAAAUGUUGUUAAGUUGCUAUAAAGAGGAGUGUAAGUAUGGGAACACAAGACAGCAUGCGGAUUUAAGGAACGCUCUCCGGCUACUGGCCAAGUACAAACAAAGUGAAAAACUUAAAUUCUAUGUUGAAUUGGAACCCUUCCAACAAGAAUCACAAGCCUACUCCAUCUUGGAAAUUGAUGAGUCAGUAGAUAUUGACAUCAUUGAGACAGCAUAUACUAUUAAAGUUUCUGAUGCCCCUGGACUAAAAGUUGAUUGUGACAGGGCUCUAUAUACACUUGCUAUCGCCAAAAGAAGUAUGGAUCUGUUCAAUUAUUUGUUGCAAAGAUGUCCUAGAUUCCAACAGUUUUACCAUAUUUCAUAUUGGUCAUAUACAUCUGCAUUGCAAUAUUUACAAGUUAAUGUUAAUGCUACUGAUGAUCUUAUACUUGAAAUAUUUAGGCGAAAGUGGGCUGAAGAACCAGUUAUUUCACCUGAUCAGUUUUUGAAUUUGAAAGUUGCACUUAUGAAGAUAGCACAUGAACGAAAUUCAAAACUUAUCAACCACUUCCUAGAAACUGGAAUAAUAGACACCAACUAUUUAACCUCUGGGAAUUGGCCAACUGGUCUUAAUAAUAUUGGAAAUACCUGCUAUUUGAAUUCUCUGCUGCAGUAUUAUUUUACAAUAUCUCCAUUAAGAGACUAUAUUCAAAAUUACGAAGAUACUGCAUCCGAUCUUUUGCUCAAUAUGAACCAAUCUGGUGCCAUGACUAAGAGAAGAAUUGGUGGUCGAGCAGUUAACAAGCCCGAAGUUGAGAGAUCGGUUCAAUUUGUUUAUCAGUUACGUGAUUUGUUUAAUGAUAUGGCACAUUCAAAGGAAAGGUGUGUUACCCCUUCAAGAGAAUUGGCAUAUCUAUCGUUCUCCCCAAGCACUACUAAUGUUGAAUUUGAAAGUGCAGCCCAAGUCCCCUUCAGGGACACCACUAUCUUACUUGAACAAGAACCCCCUAACGAAGACACUGAAGUGUUUGACAUAUCGAUAGAAGGUUCGAAUGUCGAAACAGAAGCAGCUGCAGAAGAUAUUAUCGCUGAUGAUAAUAUUGAUACCAAAGAUGAAUCUUCUUCAUUAUCUCCAUCUACUUCAACAUCGUCCUCGCAAAAAGGUAACUCCAUGUCGAAUAUCGUGGAAGAAAAUGAGCCCAUCACAUCUACGUGUGUUGCCAAGAUUAGUCCAGAUCAGUUGGAAAACACAUUGGAGAUUGGCCGGCAACAGGAUGUAACCGAAUGUAUUGGUAAUGUCUUGUAUCAGAUAGAAAGUGCCUCUGUACCAUUAAAUUUUGAUGAAGGCCACGAACAAUAUGAUUUAGUAAAGCAACUAUUCUAUGGUAAACUGAAGCAGGAUUUGAUUCCCAUAGAGAACCCCGAAAAGAGAAGAACUAAGUUCGAAAGAUUUAUGUCAUUAUUAGUUAACGUCGGGGAUCAUCCAAAAGAUAUUUAUGAUGCAUUAGACCUCUAUUUUAGAGAUGACUUAUUAGCACUAGGCGACGACAACGCUAGAGUUAGAAGAUCAGUAGCCGUAGAAGAACUUCCUACCAUACUGCAAAUACAAAUACAAAGGGUUUAUUAUGAUCGAGAAAAACUGAUGCCAUUCAAAUCAACCGAGCCGUUGCCUUUUGGUGAAAAACUCUACAUGGAUAGAUACAUGGCAUCCACCGAAUCCGAAUUACUCGCUAAAAAGCAAGAAAGCUUACAAUUGCAUGAAACAUUAGAAGCCAUCAAACAACGACGUAAAAAAAUCUUAUCCAAAAACGACGCCGGUCUGACAUUAAAGGACUCAUUGAAGGAAACUAAAAUAUUCUUAGAGUCAAGCGUUUUAGCCGAGUCAGAAGGGAAAAUAAGGAUUGAAAAACGCAAUCUUAUCAAACAGCUUGACAGCUUCUCGUUGGAAAUUGACAAAGAGUUAUCAAACUUAGACGACAAAAUCAAGGACAUGGAAAACUCCAUAUCCCAUAAAUUUGACCAGUUCACUAACUUCGGCUAUAACCUAUUUGCUGUCUUCAUUCAUCGGGGUGAAGCAAGCUACGGCCACUACUGGGUUUACAUAAAAGAUCGCAAAAACAGUGGUAUCUGGCGUAAAUACAACGACGAGUCCGUCACUGAAGUUCCAGAAUCUGAAGUUUUCGAUUUUACCGAGGAUAAUACGGCCACACCCUACUUCCUAGUCUACAUUAAAGACGGUCACGAGCACGAAAUUGAACCUUUAAAAGUAUACCAAUAA